GCGCCUCCCGCGCCCUCCGCGCCGCCCCGGGCCCGGGAGAGCGCCGAGCUGCCGCUGCCCGCUGGCUGGGAGGAGGCGCGCGACUACGACGGCCGCGUCUUCUACAUCGACCACAACACGCGCCAGACGUCGUGGAUCGACCCUCGCGACCGGAUAACAAAGCCAUUGACCUUUGCUGAUUGUGUUGGGGACGAACUUCCUUUAGGAUGGGAAACUGUAUAUGAUAAACAAAUUGGAAUUUAUUACAUGGACCACAUAAAUAAGCUUACCCAGAUUGAGGAUCCCAGAGAACAGUGGAGGCGAGAGCAGGAACGGAUGUUGAAGGAAUAUUUAAUUGUAGCCCAGGAGGCUCUCAAUGCCAAGAAAGAAAUCUACCAGAUUAAGCAGCAGCGGUUCGAGCUGGCUCAGGAGGAGUACCAGCAGCUGCACAGAAUGUGCGAGGACGACAGCCGCUCCUACGCCAGCUGUCUCCAAAGCGGCUCUCCAAUCAGUGUUUCCAAGCAUGGAACGGGAGAAGGACGUAUCAGAAAGACUUGGAAGGAAGUUUCUUGCCAACGAUUGAGAGGAAAAAUUGCCUCAAGAGAAGCCUUCUCUGGAUAUUCAACAAACACAAAGUACGACCCACACCAAAUUAAAGCAGAAAUAGCCAGUCGCCGGGACAGGCUUUCCAGAUUAAAGCGAGAGCUGACCCAGAUGAAGCAAGAACUGCAGUACAAAGAGAAGGGAGUGGAGACCCUGCAAGAGAUUGAUCGUAAGAUGUCAAAUGCUCAUACCAACUACAAACUGGACGAGGCACAGGCUAUAAUGAACGAGCUCCGGACCAUCAAGAAAGCCAUUUGUACAGGCGAGAAGGAGAGGCGGGACCUGAUGCAAAGCCUGGCCAAGCUCACUGACGGCUUCAAGAACAGCUUCUCUCUCACCGACCAUCUGCAAGAGUUCCCUCACCACCCAGGCAGUGGUGAUUCUUUACCUCAGCAGUUCUGCGACGCUGGGUCUCAAACCGACAUCAUCGGAGAGUUUGUCUUUGACGAUAAAACAAGACUUGUAGACCGAGUCAGACUUAAUUGGCAGUACGAGGAAGCCAGGAAGAGAGUCUCCAAUAUCCAGCAGCAGCUGGCCCAGCUUGAUAACGAGUCCUGGCCGGGCAUGGCUGAGGCCGACAAGGACCGGCUGCAGCUCAUCAAGGAGAAGGAAGCCCUGCUUCAAGAGCUGCAGCUCAUCAUCCAGCAGAGAAGACCGGCAGAAGACGUGGCCCGGCUGGAAGAGGAGAGGAGGCGCUUGGAGGAGGAGAUCCAGCGAGCCCGGGCCACGUCUGUGCAGGGUGCCACAGAAAGAAUUCUACUUCAGGAAAAAAGAAAUUGUCUACUUAUGCAGCUGGAAGAAGCUACCCGUUUAACAUCCUAUCUCCAGUCCCAGUUAAGAAGCUUGUCUGCCAGCACCCUGACGGUGUCCUCGGGGAGCAGCCGUGGGUCUCUGGCCUCCAGCCGGGGCUCACUCGCCUCCAGCCGGGGUUCCUUGAGCUCCGUCAGCUUCACUGACAUCUACGGCCUGCCACAGUAUGACAAACCUGAUGUCGAGUGCAGCCAGCUUCUGCGCUUUGAUCUGCUUCCCUUUGACUCCCUGGCGCGAGAGGCCCCCUUCUCAGACCCUCCGGGCCCCGCGGGCUUCCACAAGCAGAGGCGCUCCCUGGAUACGCCCCAGUCCCUGGCGUCUCUGUCCUCCCGCUCCUCCCUGUCCUCCCUGUCUCCCCCGAGCUCGCCCUUGGACACACCCUUCCUCCCGGCCUCUCGCGACUCGCCCUUGGCCCCGUUGGGGGACAGUUUGGAGGUGCCAGGCCUGGGUGCCCUAGACAGACUGCGGGCUCAGGCCUCUGCCCUGGGGGAUGAAGACUUGCCGGGCACGGCAUCCUUUCAGCCACACACAUUCCCCGUGGACAGGGAAGGACCUCGCGAGCGAGGACCCCAAGUGGCUGCCGCUCCCACGGGCACAGCAGUGACCCUUCGAGAAGACAGCGCCAAGAGGCUGGAGAGGAGAGCGCGCCGCGUCUCUAAGUGCCUGUCGGAUUAUUCGCUGGCGAGCGAUAGCGGGGUAUUUGAACCUCCAACCAAAAGGAAUGAAGAUGCUGAUGAGUCUGCACAUGGAGACACUUGUGCUGUGGAAGGGCCCCAGAUCCACGUUGGAUUUUGGCACGACAGUACCAGCGAAUGUCUCCUUGUGAAUGUGCUCCAACUGAAGAACUUUGCCGGGCUGGUCGUGAAGGAAGACUGCAAAAUACACAUCCGAGUCUAUUUGCCACCACUGGACUCUGGGACACCAGACACUUACUGCUCCAAAGCUGUGGAAUUCCAGGCCCCGCUGGUAUUUAAUGACGUUUUCAGAAUCCCUGUGCAUUCAAGCAUGCUGACGUUGAAGUCCCUUCAAUUAUAUGUAUGUUCAGUGAAUCCGCAGCUGCAGGAGGAACUGCUGGGCAUAGCUCAAAUUAACUUGGCCGAAUGUGAUGGUCCGAGUGAAAUGCAGCUGCGCUGGUACUCGGUCCAGGUGUUCACCAGCCCUGAGCCACCCAGGGCGAGGGAGAGGGAGCGGGCCGGGGAAAGCGGCGCCCGGGAGCCUGCGCACACCACCGCUGCCGUUGCUGCUGCCACCACUGCUGCCACUGCCAUCACCGCCACCACCUCCGCCACUGCCACCACCACCACCGCCGCGACCACCACCGCUGCUGCCGCUGCCGCCGCCGCCGCUGCCGCCGCUGCCACCACCACCGCUGCUGCCGCCGCCGCUGCUGCCGCCUGGAAGUCGGACGCUGUGACGGUGCUGCUGGCUAGAACCACAGCCCAGCUGCAGGCAGUGGAGAGAGAGCUGGCCGAGGAGCGGGUGAAGCUGGAGUACACGGAGGAGGAGAUCCUGGAUAUGGAGCGCAAGGAAGAGCAGGCCGAGGCCGUGUCUGAGCGGAGCUGGCAGGCCGACUCGGUGGACAGUGGCUGCAGCAGCUGUGCCCAGACCAGCCCCCCGCACCCCGAGCCCUGCUGUGUUGGGGUCGACUCCAUCCAUGGACACCCGUUUGCUGGCCAGGCAGAUCCUUACAGCCCUGAGAAACUUCAGCCCCCGCCUGCAAAGGUUGAUAAGGAAACCAACACAGAAGACCUCUUUCCAGAAGUAGUGAGUUUUCCGAAGGAGCGGCCAGGUCGCAGGGCCCGCGGGGCGCCUUUCUCCCGGAGCAGCACCAUAGUCCGUUCACAGACUUUCUCGCCUGGGGCUCGAAGCCAGUAUGUUUGCAGACUUUAUCGUAGUGACAGUGACAGUUCAACACUGCCCCGGAAGUCCCCCUUUGUCCGAAAUACUUUGGAAAGACGAACCCUUCGCUAUAAGCAGUCCUGUAGGUCAUCCCUGGCCGAGCUCAUGGCCCGCACCUCCCUGGACCUGGAGCUGGACCUCCAGGCGUCGAGAACUCGGCAGAGGCAGCUGAACGAGGAGAUCGGCACCCUUCGCGAGCUGAGGCAGCGGUUGGAGGACGCCCAGCUCCGGGGCCAGACCGACCUCCCCCACUGGGUGCUGAGGGACGAGCGAUUCCGGAGUCUGCUGAAGGAAGCAGAGAGGCAGACAAGACAGACCAAACUUGACUUCCAUCAAGAACAGGCAGCUGAGAAGAUGCUGAAGAAGGCUUCCAAAGGGGUCUGCCAGCUGCGCGGGCAGAACCACAAAGAGCCCAUCCAAGUGCAGACCUUCAGGGAGAAGAUAGCAUUUUUUACAAGACCAAGGAUUAACAUACCUCCUCUGCCCGCCGACGAUGUUUGAUGUAGUGCUUUGUACACAUGAAGUAUUUAUCUGCCUGUUUUAUUUUCAUGAAGUUCUUAGACUAGCUAAAUUUGUCUUUAAAAUAUUUGUGCAAAGCUAUUAAUAUACACAUUUUGUAAAAAAAAAUCAAGCACAUAUAUCUAUACAUAUAUAUUUUAUAAUAGUGACGGCAACAGGGCUUGGUUUUCCCUUGUUGUGAAAUUGACAUCUCUGAAGACAAGUUAUUUUAUAAAAGAUCAACUAUCAUGUUAAGAAUGUACAGUUUUUAUGCUGUUUUAUUUGACUUAAAGGCUGGAAGACAGAAACGAAGUGAGUUCAGGCAAAUUCACUGUAUUGUAAUUUAUUUAUAGUACUUUUUUUUCCUUGAAGGAAAAUACUGACUUUAAGAUGUAUUUUAAGACUGAAAUUUUGUUCUUCGGUAUUUGUCAUGCAGUAGAAUGGAACUUUGGGGCCGGUUUUGUUUUUGACACGGAAAUGCAAACACUAUGUGCUAAAUUCGUCAGUCACUUGUUCCAAGUUUCUCAUGUGUGCCUUUAUCAUGCAUGUUGUCCACUUUCACACUCUGUGUUCUGUUAAGGUCCCCCCAAGGUGGCUCAGUUGUGGUUUGCACGUGAGAGCAUCGCAGAGCUCUGUCUCCCACGUGGACUGUGUGCUGAGAGCCCCUCAUUUCUGUGUUGUCACAGCACGCCAUUUUCUGUGCUCCCCAUGAGACUGAAGCAGGCCACAGAGCCCCUGGCGUCCUGGCUUUGGCCUGCCUGUCCAUAGUGGGCGGCUGCCCACACUGCCCCUGAACCAGACCCCAGGCAGCCCUGCCUUUCCAGUAUGCUCCAUCUGACCAUGACCCACCAGGAAGAUGGUGCUGGAGCUCCCGUUCUACUGCUCUGUCAUGAAGGAAAGUGAAAGGGAACUAGAAACACACACUUUUGUGAGUCAGUGAAUCCGCUGAUGGAGACAGAUCAGCGGUUAUGACGGUUAUGCCGUAGACAUGAUGAUCUCUGAAGGCGCUUUUUAGUGAAGGGAAGCAUGUGUGGGUAACUCCAGUUACCCAGCGAGUCACUUCCAGGAGAGUAUUUGAUUUAUUUGAUUGAAAUCACAAUCCCCCCCCCAAUACUCGAGUUUACCCAUAUUUCUUAAGAAAUCAUAGAAGUAGUUCACGAGGAAAAUUUUUUUAUGUAAUAAAAAUACACCAUUAUUCUCUUAAAAUGCCAAAUGAUAUCACUAUUUUGCCUAAUACAUAUUUAUUAUAUAUGAAAUGCACUCUCCUUGAUGAGGCCUUUGGGAAGUAAAUGAGGUGGUCACGCGAAAUAUAAAAGAAAACAGAACUCUCUUGCUAGAUUUUUCUGUCCCUCCCUUGGAAAUGGCCCCCUUUAAUCAACGUCGCUUUCUUCUCAUUAGUCUGCAGCCUCCCCCUUGUAUAACCUGCUUUCCCUUUUGCAUUUAUUAAAAAUCAAUUUUGUAAAAGCCUUUCACUGACACGCGACCUGUCACGGGCAAUGGAAUUUGUCGGUGGUGGUAAGACUGAACCUAUGCUUUUUCACAGUUGUCAUUUCUUGCUCUGUAUUUCUGCCUCUAGUCUCGCUUUUUUUUUUUUUGCCUAAUCUCUGUGUACAUACCCACAACAGAGGUGG